AUGGAAGAAAAAGUAGAUAAAGUUGAAGCGCCCACCGAAUCCACAUAUUCGAAAAUUUCUGAAUGGCUUAUGAGCAAGCUAGAAUCUUCGCUAAACGCACUGUAUCUAGUUUCCGCAAGUCGCGUGCAAAGCGAUUUGGCUGAAAAAGCUGUAACUUUGAAUGAUAAAACUGGAGUAUCGGAUAAAAAUUCAAAGCCUGACACUAGUGAUGAACUGAGAUUGAGUGAUUUGGAGGAUGUGUUCCAAAAACUAUCGAUCAUAACCCCCCCAAAAGAACCCACAAUUGUAAACGAUUUUAAUUUUAUUGAAAAACUUGAUACCGCUGAGAAUAAUAAACAAUUAUACGAUCAACUAACAGUUGAGCAUGAAAAGUUACUGAAAAAAAAAGAUAAGCUGCUAGAUACUGCUUUGAGUGGCUCCAAAGACAAAUUUAAUACUAAUUUUGCUAAAAUCCUUGAAAAUGUAAGAAAGGAACGCAUAGCUUGUGAAGAACAUGAGAAUGAUUGCAAGGCCUAUAUUGCAACCACUAAAUUGUUGAACGAUAUGUGCAACAUUACUUGUGAAAGCUGCAAUGAUAUGGGGGAAAAUAGCGAAAUCGUACAGCCGAAGAGUAUACAUUCGGAUAUUGUUACUAGAGAUGUUUCCAGUAUUGUCUCUGGUAAUAGCACAAGAGAUGGUUUGUCCAUUUAA